AUUAAUGGGAGACUUUUGAAUUCGCCCCCACAUAAGCUCCUUGCCCCCGGCUGGCCCACCAGCUAGCCUGAAAGAUACAAAGGUACCUACACCUUCUAGCCUACCUAAACGAGGUACCUUAGGUACAUAUGUACCUAGGUACUUGCGUACUACUAAAUUAGGUACCUUAGCUUGACGAUAUCCUACAAUUGCCACCCCCACGUGGCCCAAGAAAUACUCCGUAUACGAUUGGCAACAGUACAGAUCUCCAAAAGACCAACAACAAAAUUCGGCUCAGCAAAAUUGCUUAGGUACUACAUCCGUCAUGGCUUCGGCAACGGCACCUCCGCCGCCCUCCGAGCUGGCGAAGCAGAUCCUCGAGCACAAAGCCCCCAGUUACACGUUCAGCUUCUCGCCCUUCCUGCGGUCCAACUACGGCCACGGCUUCCCGCCCAACCGGCCCGUGUGCAAGGCCUUCGUCGCGGGCCACUGCCCCCUCGGCGCCUCGUGCCCGGACCGGCACGUCGCGCCCAACGCGGCCAGCAGCACCAACGCCAGCUACAACUCGCUCGUGUGCAAGCACUGGCUGCGCGCCCUCUGCAAAAAGGGAGAGAGCUGCGAGUUCCUCCACGAGUACAACCUCCGCAAGAUGCCCGAGUGCAACUUCUUCGUCCGCAACGGGUACUGCUCUAACGGCGACGAGUGCCUGUACCUCCACAUCGACCCCCAGUCCAAGCUCCCCCCCUGCCCGCACUACGACCAGGGCUUCUGCCCCCUGGGACCCAAUUGCUCGAAGAAACACGUCCGACGGAAGCUCUGCCCGUACUACCUCGCAGGCUUCUGUCCCGACGGCAAGGGCUGCAAGGAAGGCGCGCACCCGAGAUGGGACAAGAAUCUCGAAAAGCCUAUUGCCAAAGCGGACGUCGUGCACGAGGAGCCCGUGAGGAGGGACGACGGGUUCAUGGACGAGGACCAUAAGGACUUUGGGAGGCAGGACAGGGAUAGCAAGGGCGGCCGAGGGGAUAGAUUUGGUGGUGGACGCGGCGGUCGGUGGAGGGGAAGAGGCGACAGGAAAUUCGGGCGUGGAAGAGGCCAUCAUUAGAGAGCAGAGGUGUACGAAAUCAGUUGCCCAGGCAUUUCGGUAUACAGCCCGAACUCUUGAGCGGGUAGGGUUUAUCGCCACCGAUUUCGACAUGCACGCGUGCAAACAAUUUACUCUCGACUCGGUUGACUCGCUGUUUUUAUUUACCAAGACGCGAAAAUCCUCGAGGGUGUUGAACGCAAUCAAGCAGAAAAAGAAAUUUGAUACCCGAAUUGUCAUGGAGGAGGAGGAGUACACAAAAUAUCAACAUCACCAAACAUGUCGAAGUAUUGUAUUAGGAUAUUUAUGGCCAUAUUCUACGAAGGUUAGCUGUGUUACUACACCACACUUACUAGGUACCUAACCUAGCCGCUGUAGAAAGGAGUCGGGAAAAAAAGAGAAGACGAGACAGGAAACAGGAUAUCCCCAAGAUAUGCAUACUACUACUACCUAAGUUAGUAUAGGUACCUAGGUAGGUAGCAAUCAAGUUAUUGUCACCACCACCACCACCACCACUCAAACAAACCCAUUAAUCG